AUGGUGUUUAUCAUGGAUUGCAAGGUAAAAUGCUACUAUUCACUUGCCAAUAACUUACAUAAAUCCAUAAAUUUACCCAAUUGGGUUUCUCCUCUGUGAUUGAUCUUAAGUUUGUAAAUGUACAUGUACUUUUCCCUGUCUGAUGUUAUGCCAUUCAACCACUACUUAAAGAUAAAUUUCUUGAAUUUUAUAGCAUAGUUUCAAGAAAAUUCGCAACAACAUCGAGAAAAGCAACCAAUCAAAGAAACCAAGGUGCUCGAAGAUUGGAGGCAAAAGUAUAGUCUGGAGGCAGUGGAAAGAUGCUUUCCAUUGGGAUCAGUCCCGUUUUUCCCUUCCAUUGCACGAAAGGCUUACACUCAGCCACAUUGAGUUGGAUCCUGCUUCAAGGAUGAGAAAUCACUUGGCAGAAGAUGUUCUUGACAAAAAAAUGCUUUUCAUGUUGCAGGUUAGCAUUAUAAAGAUGAACGAUGGUUUCCUACAAGUAAACUAUUUACUGGUCAAAUACUUGUUUUUUUCAUUCCCCAUUUCCUGAAACAAGGCCACAGUCAAAAUACUGGUAAUAAAUCCUAACCAAUUUUCAGCCACAUAUCUUAUUUCCUCGCAUUCUUGAUAAUUCUUAGUAAUUUAAGUUGCGGAAAUUCAUUUUUUUUUAUUUUUAUAGAGUUAUCGAGAUCACAUUAUAGCCUCCAUGGAAGGCCAAGAGCUCGACAAUGGAACCCCCAUUGACUCUGCACUUCGGCUCCUGCAGCACACUGCAUAA